AUGACUUCAAUUGACUUUUAUGACUCCCGGUACGAUCUCCAAUCUAUCUCUGUGAACACUACAGAUUUUGUAGUGUCGCGUCUUUCAUUUUCAAACGCAUCAGUGUUUGAUGCAUACGCGGAGUUAGCCAACGUAGCUAUUCUUAGCUUGGCAUGGUCUCGCGUGUUUCUUUCUAUGGCCCGGUUUACCGACGCAUCAGUCUUUGAUGCGUACGCGGGAACUGCCGUACAUGUCUUUCUGAAUGGCCUAAUGCAAUUCUUCUCCCUGUGUUGGGUGUUUACUCUAGAACCUCUUCGUGCUCUAUUUCAUGUCAACUGCGCCGGUGUAUUUAUUAGAGAUGACCUUUAUCGGUAA